AUGCUCAAGACAUUCAUCACCACAAAAUUGAUUCAAUUGGUCAUUUUCAAUUAUGCCCCCUCCCAAUUUGAUAAUUCAUCAUCCUUAAUAGACAACCCUUCCUCGUUGAGUGUCUCUUUAACCCAGUUUUUGCAUAGAUUCAUCGUUUGGGAUAAUGUGUAUUUUUUCAACUUAUUUCAUAAUAACCCUGAAUUUGAACACGAAUUUGUUUUCAGUCCUGGUUGGGUUUCAUUCAUAAGGUUUAUUAAACUGAAAUUCGGUACAGAAGGAUAUUACAAUGGUAUUCUAGUUUCGUUACUAGUUAGCAACUUGCUACAAUUGGCAACAAGUUAUAUACUAUACUAUUUUACAAUCAAAGUUUUCAAAAAUUUUGGUUUCUUUCCUAAUUAUAAAAGAAUAAGUUAUUUGACAGGUGUCUACUACUUGCUUUCGAGUGGUGGAAUUUUCUUGACUGCUGGAUAUUCUGAAAAUCUUGCGUCCUUUCUUUCUAUUUCGGGUUUGUACCUCAGAGAAUUGGGUUUAUCGUAUACCUUGAACACCUACCAAAUAAGAAAAUGGCACUGGUACUUAAUUUCAGGUGUAUUUAUCGGCUUAAGUUUUAGCGUUCGAGCCAAUUGUUUGUUGUUGGGAAUAGUAUAUUUGUAUGACUUAUAUCACUUUCAAGUGUCACCCGAAGGGUUCCUUAGUAUCAUUGGAGGUAUGCCCUUAUUCUUGAAUUUGUUAAUAUCCAACUACAACCUAUACAAGAUUUUUUGUCCGGGAAGAGAAUGGUGCGAUAGCUCGAUACCAUCUUUGUUCUCCUAUUGCCAGUCUGCAUAUUGGAAUAACGGCUUUCUUUCAUAUUGGACACCCAAUAACAUACCAAACUUUUUGCUUGCAUUUCCACUGAUUGCUGUUAACUUUUUGGCUUCAAUAGAGUUUGUCACUAGGUAUCCAGUGAAAUUAAUGAUUCCCUACCUGAUACUUAAUAUGUUGACUUUGGCAGGUGGGGUUUUCUUCUGGAACGUUCAAAUAUUGAACAGAAUAUUGAAUUUCAACCCUAUUGUCUUCUGGUAUCUUGGGGCUACCAACAAUCAGUGGGUAGCAAAGGGUCUUCUCUUAUGGACUUAUUUCCAAAGUGGGCUUUUCGGCAGUUUUUUGCCGCCUGCUUAG